AUGGAAGGUACGCUGACCGCCAGGGACAAGGUCGGGGUGCAGGAUUUUGUGCUGUUGGACGCGUACACUAGCGAAUCCGCUUUUCUGGACAAUCUUCGCAAGCGUUUCAGCGAGAACCUCAUCUAUACAUAUAUUGGCACCCUCCUUGUGUCUGUGAAUCCGUACCAGGAGCUUGGAAUCUACACCAUGAGCCAGAUGGAACUUUAUCAAGGGGUCAAUUUCUUUGAACUGCCACCACAUGUCUAUGCCAUAGCUGACAAUGCUUACCGCAUGAUGUGCUCUGAGCUAAGUAACCACUUCAUCCUCAUUUCUGGAGAAAGUGGGGCAGGGAAGACGGAGGCCUCCAAGAAGAUCCUCCAGUAUUUUGCAAUGACCUGUCCCAUGACCGAGUCACUACAAAUAGCCCGUGACAGACUGCUGCUCUCCAACCCAGUGCUAGAGGCUUUUGGAAAUGCCAGAACACUCCGGAAUGACAAUUCCAGCAGAUUUGGAAAAUACAUGGACGUCCAGUUUGACUUUAAGGGUUCCCCUGUUGGUGGAUAUUUGAUCAGUUACUUGAUAGAAAAGUCUCGUGUCGUCUAUCAAAACCUGGGUGAGCGGAAUUUCCACAUCUUCUACCAGCUGCUAGAGGGUGGCGAAGAGGAGCUCCUUGCUUACCUGGGACUGGAGCGAGACCCCAAGCUGUACAAAUACCUGUCACAGGGUCAUGGUGCCAACGAGUCGUCUAUUAAUGACAAGAAUGACUGGAAAACUGUUUCCAAUGCCUUUUCUGUCAUCGAUUUUACUGAAGAUGACCUUGAGAAUCUCUUUGGAAUUAUUGCCAGCAUCCUACACCUGGGGAACGUUUGUUUUGGAGAGAACCACCAAGGCUGUGCCAUCAUACCAGUCACCCACGAGAUCAAAUGGAUAGCCAAGCUCCUGGGGGUCCAACCAUCGGUCCUUUUGGAAGCUCUCACCCAUAGAAAGAUCGAAACCAAAACCGAAGAGGUGAUAUGCCCACUGACGCUAGAACUCUCUCUCUACGCUAGAGAUGCAAUGGCGAAGGCUGUUUAUGGACGAAUGUUCACUUGGCUGGUCAACAAAAUCAAUUCCUCCUUAGUGAACAAGGAGUUCACCAAGAAAACUGUCAUCGGAUUGCUGGAUAUCUAUGGCUUUGAAGUCUUUGACAAGAAUGGUUUUGAACAGUUCUGUAUAAAUUACUGCAAUGAGAAACUCCAGCAACUGUUAAUUGAGAGAACCCUAAAAGCAGAACAGGCAGAAUAUGAAAUGGAAGGUAUAGAGUGGGAGCCAAUUCAGUAUUUCAACAACAAGAUCAUCUGUGAUUUGGUAGAAGAGAGACACAAAGGAAUCAUUUCCAUUUUGGAUGAAGAAUGUAUUCGUCCUGGUCCAGCUACAGACUUGAGCUUCCUGGAAAAACUGGAAGAGAAAGUGGGCAAGCAUGCACAUUUCCAAACCCGGAAGCUGGCAGGUCCUAAGGGCCGAAAGAGGAUUGGCUGGAUGGAGUUCCGACUCUUCCACUAUGCAGGAGAGGUCACAUACUGCACCAAAGGAUUCUUGGAAAAAAACAGUGAUCUCCUCUAUAGGCAUCUGAAAGAGGUGCUGUGCAGGUCCAAAAACAGCAUCCUAAAGGAAUGCUUCCUGGUAGCCGAGUUAGAAAACCGGAGAAGGUCGCCAACGGUGGGAACUCAGUUUAAAAACAGCCUGAGCAGCCUUCUGGAAAUUCUCAUCUCCAAGGAACCUUCAUACAUUCGUUGCAUCAAGCCCAAUGAGAGGAAGGAACCCAGCAAGUUUGAUGACUUCCUUAUAAGGCAUCAGGUCAAAUACCUAGGGCUGAUGGAACACCUGCGGGUGAGAAGGGCCGGCUUUGCGUACCGGCGGAAAUACGAGCAUUUCUUACAAAGGUACAAGUCCUUGUGCCCAGACACGUGGCCACACUGGCAAGGGCCUCCAGCAGAGGGCGUAGAGCGGCUGAUCAAGUACAUUGGCUACAAACCCGAGGAAUACAAGUUAGGGAGAACCAAAAUAUUCAUUCGUUUCCCCAGAACUCUGUUUGCUACUGAAGAUGCCUUUGAAUUUAGUAAACAUCAGUUAGUUGCAAGAAUUCAAGCCACAUACAAAGCCUGCCUAGAAAGGAGAGCCUAUGUGAAAAAAAGACAAGCAGCCAUCGAACUUGAAACCCGCUGGCGUGGAGCCCUGGCUCGGAAAGAAGUCAAAAGGAGGAAAUGGGCUGUGCAGAUUAUAAGGAAGUUCAUAAAGGGAUUCAUCAAUCGAGACAAGCCUCUUUGUCCUGACAAUGAGGAAUUUAUCGUGUUUGUGCGGAAAAAUUACAUCCUGAAUCUCCGUUAUCACGUUCCAAAGAAUGUCUUGGAUGAGAGCUGGCUGAAGCCACCUGGAAUCCUGGAAAACGCGUCGGAUCUGCUCAGGAAAAUGUGCACAAGAAACCUGGUCCGGAAGUACUGCCGUGGGCUCACAGCCGAGAGGAAAGCACUGAUGCAGCAGAAGGUGGUUACCAGUGCACUAUUCAGGGGAAAGAAAGAAGGCUAUGCAGAAAGUUUAAAUAAACCCUUUGCCAACAGUCGGAUAGAUGAAGGAGAAAUUAAUCCCAAAGUGCUCCAACUCAUUAGCGAUGAGAAAAUCCAGUAUGGUGUCCCGGUCAUUAAAUAUGACAGGAAAGGCUUCAAGGCGCGACAGCGGCAACUCAUUCUUACUCAAAAAGCAGCUUACGUGGUGGAGCUUGCCAAAAUCAAGCAGAAAAUAGAGUACUCAACACUCAAAGGUAUCUCUACUAGCAAUCUGAGUGAUGGACUCCUAGUCAUUCAUGUUUCGCCAGAAGCCAACAGGCACAAGGGGGAUGCCGUCCUACAGUGUGAUCAUGUAUUUGAAACGGUCACUAAACUCGUCAUGUUGGUUAAGAAGGAGAACAUUGUAAAUGUUGUCCAAGGAAGUUUACAGUUUUAUAUUAGUCCUGGAAAAGAAGGCACAAUAGUUUUCAACACGGGACCAGAAGAACAAAUCUAUAAAGAUAAAGAUGGACAGUUAACAGUGGUGAGUGCCUGUGUUUGGGGAGGGAGGUAAGCAGUUUUAGACGAGAAUAAAGCUUAAAAUUCUACUAAUUUCAGUCCUUCAAUAGAGUGACUGGAAUCAUAAGCUAGUUCAUCUAUUACUGAUUCUACAUCUGAAAAUGAGGAAGGAAUUGAUACUAGAGGUAUAGAUUAAAAAUUGAAUGAAAAGGGGAAAAAGCCGGUUUACUUGCCACAUUGAGUAGUCAGUGAACCAGAAGCUGAUAUUAAGUCCUUCUUAGUUUUAAAUGAUGGAGCCCAACUUUUCACUGGAUGGCAAAAGCCCUCACGCUUCAUCACAGCAGUUCUCACACUCCGCACUGGAAUCUCCUGGUGAGCUUCAAACAAUUCCAGUGUUUGUAUUUCACUCUCAGACACUGGGAUGUAAUUGGCUGAGGUGUGGCCUGGGCUCUGGGAUGUAAGCCACCCAAGGUCUGAUUAGCAGAGGGUUGGGGACCACAGCUGUCUUAGUGCUUUGCCCUCCCUGCUGAUCCCACCAGCCCCUUACUGGUAAGUAGUACACAGAGCUUAUUUUGAUCCAAUUUUGCCAGAUAAUGACAUUAAAAGCUGAAGGGCUGAAUCUUUAAAAUGUGUUUUGUAUAUAUACCAAGUACUACUUGAUAGAAACUAAUUAGAAAUGAUCUAUCAACAUGGAUAGUAUCUCCUAUGCAUUUAAGUUUACAUACAUUUAACUAUAUUGUUUUGUGGAUGCAAGCAGUACAGAAAGUGUCUUUUAUAAAAUAUUUGCCUCUAAACACAAUAACUCCUUCAGGGACGAGUUAAAAUAUUUAAGCAUGAUUUUUAAUGUAAAACAUGAGGCGAUUUUUCGGUUUACAUGCUCUUCGAACUUCCACCCCGAAGACUGAGUAUCUCUCUGUUGGAGUCACAUAGCCUGCCUUCCUGGCUGGCUCAGACUGAAGAUGCUAACAGGCCUCAGUGAGCCCAACUCUAAAUGUGAUUUCUCUCACGGGAGGUGGGACUGGCCUCUCGAAGCUUGUCCACACCUAUCUGGAUGAUGCUGACAGCUGAGGUGUUAACUGCUUCCUUCUAAGUGAGGUAAGAGGCUUCUAAACCUAAACGUGGACUCUCUCGCAGGUGUCCGUCCACAUGAAAUCCUGACAGAAGAUGACGUCUGCUGAAGAAAGUACCCAGGAAGCGGGAAUUUCAUCCAGUUAGCUACACCUUCAAGGAAAGGUUACAGCAGCCCUAGGAAAAGGAUCACUACAUCUGAAGAAACGGAGUGGCAUCUUAUGCCAGAGAGCAACCCCAGCUUCUCUGGUGCCCUGUGGCACCUAAUUAAAAUGUCCUCUUCAGGGAGCCAAUCUCAAGUCACCCAACAGGGUGGUUUUAAAGCUCCCCAAAGGACCUACACUUGAUGGGCACUUUAACCUGUCAUAAGGUAGGCAACAGAUUCUCUACCUUUGUCAAGCUGCCUGAGGCACAAUGAAGUAUUAUAUAUGGUCUGAAAGUAAAUGAAAUUUCAUAAAGCUGCAAAAUUUGAAUUUUGCUUUAAAUAAAUGGAACUUAGAAAUGUGCCCAAUUCCUUAACAUUUCUGAAAGGCUCUUUAGGUUCCGGUGAAUCAUAUCUCUUUCCCACCCUACCUCCCCAAUAGUAAAUAAGUGGCAACAGCAACUGCUUCAUUCUGUUUUUUCAGAAGUUCAGCAGCAUUUCUGCCCAAGAUUUCCUUUCAGUGUUUAAAUUCAAGCACUACAGAUAAAUGACUCAUCU